AUGCCUCAAGUGCAAGCUACGGUAGUGCCGAUCGAGGAGGCAGGCCCUUCAUAUCCAACUACGGUAGAGCUCCGUGAUCCUUCGGAUGGGAGCGUGGCCGUUCGCUACAAACGUCGAGGCGGGGCCCGCCGCCGCCUCAUCGCUCCGCCCUCGGUAUAUAAAGGCAAGCAGCGGCGGUUCCUCUACCAAAUCGUCUAACUAACAACAAUGAGCUCCAUCAUUCGUGCUCUCAUCAGCCUGCUCCUUACCUACCAAGUUCUGUGCCGUCCUUCCAGAACGGUAAGCCUUCAACCAUUCGGGACUUAUUCUCAUGCUUCCAAGUUUCAGGCAGUCAAAGAGACCUUGUCCUCGCUCAACCGAGAACUCGACAAAAGUGAGUUUGAGAAAAGCUCGUACCAUUUUGAAUAUUCGACUUUCAGAUGAAAUCCAUGAUGACUACGACCUUCGCUUCACCAAUAGCUCCAUGGAAAACCAGACUCUCCAAGCCGGACUCCCCCUCGAACUCAUGUGCGAAGUCACCGGAGUGCCAACUCCUGUCGUCUACUGGUUAGUUCUGCUUUCAAAGCUUCAAAAGUCUCAUUUAUCUUUUUUACAGGACUCUUAACGGAAAGAGAAUCUCUGGAAGCUACGACAAUACCAUCUACGAGAAGCUUCACAACAUCGGCAAAGUCACGAUCCAAAACGGCGUGACUACAUCCAAACUCUACAUUCCUUGCGUCGACAAGUCUCACGCUGGAAAGUACAAGUGCGUCGGAACCAACGGCCACAGCAGAAUCGAGCAGAGCGCUAAAGUUACCAUUGGUAAGCUUUAAAUCAAAAAUUAUUAUAAAGUAUGGCAAUUUUCAGCUGGUGACGAGAAAUGUUUGGAAGCCGUGAAAGAGGCCCCGAAAAUUGUGCAAUGGACUGCAUCUCGGUUUGAGAACGAGGAAAACGCCGUCCAGUUGAUCUGCCGAACCAACGUCCCAGCUUCCAUCGCUUGGUACGACGAGAGCCGACGGCUUCUCAAUGAUCUGCCCAACUUCGAGGUAAAUUGAAUUAAAAUCUUGAUUGUCUGAUCUCAAAAACGGUAGACAGAGAAUUAACGAUCAAAGUUUUUGCAGGUGUUCCCGAACGGCGAUCUGAUGAUCAAGAAGACGAGUUGGGACGACAUGGGCGACUACACGUGCGUCGCCUCAAAUGAGCACGGCGAAGACCGACAGACCUCUUUCUUCUACCCAACGGCAAAGGAAGCCCCGGUAGGUCUUCUAUUCUUCUGGAGUCCGAAGACGCUCCAAACUUCCAACCAUUUGUCUGAAUGUUUUAAUGUUCUUUUAUUUAGGUCAGCAAGUGA